CGGGCGGCGCGCUGCGGGUCGUGGGCUGUAAUUCAAGGACCUCUCCGUCGCGUCUCUCAUUCGGGUUCAAACCAGCUGAUUACAACGUCUCUGUCUCCAUCAGCUGGAAUUCACAUCUGCAACUUUGUCAAGUAGAGGAAUGUUCCGGGUAUUCCAGCCGUAGCCUGCGCCGGCCACUCUGCAGCGAUGGGUUCAGAGGAGCGCAGCUCAGCCAUGUCGCAGAAGAUAUCCUCUGCGUCCCGCAGCAACAGCAGCGCCUCGUCCAAACUUGACAGCCGACAGGACAGCUGGGAAAUAGUGGAGGGCCUGCGAGGAGGCUUCAGCAGUGUCCUGGAGCCCCAGAAGCAAGAGGGCUUCAUGCUGAAGAGAAGGAAGUGGCCAAUGAAGGGAUGGCAUAAGAGAUACUUCUUCCUGGACAAGGGCAUCUUGAAGUACGGCAAGUGCAGUGCUGAUAUUGAAAGGAAUAAACUGCAUGGCUGCAUCGAUGUUGGUCUCUCUGUCAUGGCCAUUAAGAAAAAAGCCAAGUGUAUUGAUUUUGAUGCUGAGGAAAACAUCUAUCACCUGAAGAUUAAGUCACAGGAGCUGUUUGAUGAAUGGGUUUCCAAGCUGCGUCACCAUCGGCUCUAUCGGCAAAAUGAGAUUGCUUUGUACCCUACCGAGAAGUCCUUCUACUAUCCCCACUACCCCUCCCCCAUCUCCUCCAGCAUGGCGGAGAGCGCAUCUAUCAGAAAGGUCUGUUUGCUCCCGCAGUGCGUGACUACACAGAGGCAGUCCAUGGGGAACUCUGCAGGAGACUUUCCUCCAAGCUGCCACAGCCAGGCCAAGGUUGCUGCUUGGCUCCAGUCAUCUGACGACAUGGACAAGUGCUCCAAAGACCUGUCAGUCUGUGAGGCGGGCCUGCUGGAGCUCAGCCACCUGCUUCAGAGUAUGGAGGUCCUGCACCGGACCUAUUCUGCUCCGUCUAUCCAGGCACUGCAGGCAUCUACAUUUGACAGCCCCAAGAAGGAAAAGAGACUACCGAGGAAAUGGUGCACUAAAAACUACAACAAAGAUGUCAAAAGCACUCUGCAGGUACCGAGCUGCAUCUCCUCCGGCUCCAUCCGCCUCCACGCCUCCAACCCCAACCUCUCCACCGCUGCACUCGCCAAUGACAAGGCCGACACUGAAUCAGUUGAUUCCACUUUUGAUGUGGCAAAGCUGCAUGAGGACUUCUUCCGCGUUGCCACCAACCUGCAUUUGACCAUGAAGACAGCCCUGAGUUCCCUAACCUCUGAGCGAGAGCGAUUAAAACAAUGUGUCAACCACGAAACGAUUCCCCCCACCUCACCGCGGGUUGUCGGUUUGAAGAACACACUGGCAACGGCUUUAGCCCAGAACUAUGAGCUGAGGGAGCGCCUGAGCAAGAUUCAUGCCGAGUCCCACAUCCUAGAGCCCACACUAAACCUCACUGCCCCUGUGCAGAAACAGGACUCUGUCGAUGACUCCCGUCCCCUCGUACACCAGAUAUCUAAUGAGAGCGGAGCUUCAAUCACAGAGUCUAUGACCGAGUUCUUCGAUGCACAAGAAGUUUUACUAUCCGCUAGUUCCUCUGAAAAUGAGGUAUCAGAGGAUGACUCAUACAUUAGUGACAUCAGCGACAACAUUUCCAUAGACAACCUCAGCAAUGAGACCGAAGGUGAGAGACCAAACUCAGACACUGUGGCAGAAGGCUCUGUCCUUUAUCAGCGUCGAUCCUGCCUGCCCUCGCCCAGCCCCAACAACAGCACCAUCAGCCUGUGGAACAUCCUGAGGAACAACAUCGGCAAAGACCUGUCCAAAGUGGCCAUGCCUGUACAACUUAAUGAGCCCCUCAACACCCUGCAGAGGCUGUGUGAGGAGCUGGAGUACAGCGAGCUGCUGGACAAGGCUGCUAACACACAGGACCCCUUCGAACGCAUGGUUUACAUAGCUACGUUCGUUGUAUCAGGCUAUGCAUCCAGCUACUACAGAACUGGGGGAAAGCCUUUCAACCCCGUCCUGGGGGAGACGUAUGAAUGCGAAAGGCCAGAUAAAGGCUUGCGAUUUGUUGCAGAACAGGUCAGCCAUCACCCACCAAUCUCAGCCUGCCACGCAGAGUCUAAAAACUUCCUCUUCUGGCAAGAUGUGAGGUGUAAGAACAAGUUCUGGGGGAAGUCAAUGGAGAUCGUUCCUGUUGGCACCACUCACGUAACUCUGCCGGGCUUUGGUGACCACUACGAGUGGAACAAAGUGACGUCUUGCAUCCACAACAUCCUCAGUGGACAGCGCUGGAUUGAGCACUAUGGGGAGAUCUCCAUCAGAAACUCCAGCAGUGAUAUUUGUCAGUGUAAGAUCACUUUUGUUAAGGCGAAAUACUGGAAUUCGAGUGGGAACGAGGUAGAGGGGGCCGUCACAGAUAAUAAAGGGAAGGUCGUCCACAGACUCUUUGGAAAGUGGCAGGAAGCAGUUUUCUGCGGAGACCCGCCCUCAGCCACAUGCGUCUGGAGAGCCAAUGCAAUGCCAGUAGACCUUGAGCAGUACUAUGGUUUCACCAAGUUUGCUAUCGAGCUGAACGAGCUGGACCCGUCGCUGCAGCUGCUGCUGCCACCCUCAGACACCCGACUGCGUGUGGACCAAAGGCUGCUGGAGACGGGGAACUUGGAGGCUGCAGAGGAGCAUAAGCAGCGGAUUGAAGAGCUGCAGAGAGAGAGAAGGAAAGUCCUGGAGGAGAACAAUGAAACACAUCAACCUAAAUUCUUCAGGAAGUCAAAGGAUGAUACCUGGGUGAGCAACAACACAUACUGGGAGCUACGGAAGGACCCUGGCUUCACCCAAAUAGAUUUCCCUGUACUUUGGUGACCGCUGAACAGCAGAUCUUGCACAUAUUGAACUGCACAACCUCUACUGUGAUCAAGACUGGGUUCUGCAUCCACAGUCUUACCAUCAACAUCCAGCACCGGUCCUCUUUGCUGCGGUUCAUCAAAGUUAUUGCCUUAAUAGCAAGUGCUUAUCUUAAGUUGUGUGAACAUGUUUAUGCAAACAUUUUAUAGGAUUGCUGAGUCAUUCGGCAAAUGUUGCCCAUCUUUUCACCCGAUACGAUACACUGUACCACAUAAACCGAGGAAAGAGAAACUACUCGGUAUGAAGAAAAACUAAAAUGUUAACUGGUCUACACUAGCUUAAACGUUUUGACCAACGACGACUUUCAGCUCUUGUCUCAUCAUGGACAUUUUCUACCUCUGAGAUAAACAAGCCUUGAUAUGCCAUUGAUGAAGGGUACACACAUACAAUAUUUAUUCUGCUCCUGCCUGAUGCCUUACUUGUUGUACUCUUUUGUUUUAAUUUAUUGUUGUUGCAUCUCUGAGAUCUUUUUAAACAAUGUGUUUUUUUCAUGGACCAAAACAAGGAUUGUUCGCGUUAUCUUUAAACUCUCACACAACCUUUCUUUCGGUCUCAGAAGAGUGAUUUCAGCUUUUUGCUAUGAGUGUGUGAAUGAUUGUGCAACUAUGAAUGGCAGUAGCAAAAGAAUGUCACUCUAUCUCUGUCAUUGCACCAUUGUCUUCCUUUUGGACCAAAAGUGUCCAAAAACUAUGCUCCAUGAGCCCAAUAAAAAUCUCUAAUGCUUUCA